AUGGGAUCACUUCGGAAGCUGUCUCUGUACUCCAACCUUUACUGGGGAUUCUACCCCAAACUCAGCCUCGAAGGGAUUCACUGCCCAAAUUUGCAGUCGCUUACUCUGGGCAACUUCUCCUUUUUCGAAGACCAACAACUCGAUUGGAUCCUAUCGCACUCGUCAACACUCCAAGAACUUUACCUUGACGAUUGUCCGAUUAUAUUCCGAGUGAGAAUCCUAGAUCUCGAGUCCCAGCUUGCCAAAUGUCCGCUACCGAAAUCCAAAAUGAAAUUUCAAGCUAGUGAGCGCUUGAGCGAUUCCUGGCACUACGAUUAUUCACACCGAUGGAAUGACUACUUUGCCUCAUUUGAGACAGGCCUUCCACAUCUCCGUCGUUUUGCAAUUGGUCACAGUGAGGCAUGGAACUCAGGGAAUUUGGGGUAUGAGAUACCUUUUGAGAAAGAGCUGGAACUUGUGCCGGUAUUGAUGCAAGAACGGUACAUGGCGUUUGAUGGCGGUAUAGGGCCCUCUCAAACUUUUUCAUCAAAGUGGGCAUCAGAGAAGGAGGGUUGGCCACAGUGCGAUGACGAAGAUCGCGAGGCUUUGAAGGCAUUAUAUCGGAAGAUUAAGCAGCAGGUAAACUGUGGAAAGUUUGAGAUGGAAUUUGGCGAGGUGGCUGAUUUGGUAGAAGUUUCCUAUCAAUGA